AUGGAAACUGUGGAGAAGAUCUUUUUUUACUUUUUGCUUUUUCAAGGUGUUUGUUGUAAAGAUUUCAGCAUCAGUCUGUCAGAGAAGAUUGAAGCUCUCAGUGGAUCCUGUGUGAUCAUAAAAUGCUCUUUUGAGAUUAGAGACGAUUAUGAUAAAUUCCUCACUGAGAAAGCUGCUACAGGAGUUUGGCUCAAAGAUGGGACACAUGCAGAUAUCAAUCAAGUGUUUAACUCCAGAAAUCCCAAACCUGGUCCCUUGAGUGGAAAAAUAACUGGAAAUCUACACGAAAAGAACUGCACAACUAUCUUUUAUAAUGUUAGUUCAAGAGACAGUGGAAGUUAUUACUUCAGGAUUAUGAGUGGUGAAGGUCUGAAAUACAACUAUAUACAUCACUUCUCCACUAUAAAUGUAACUGAGUCUCCUCCUAAACCCAGAGUGCAGCUGUAUGUGGAUGAGGAGAAGAGGCAGGAUCAGGAGGAGGUGUUGGAGGGGAGCUCUGUGAGUCUGCGCUGCUCUGCUGAGACUCUCUGCUCCUCUUCUCCAGCGACUCUCACAUGGAGCUCCACUCCCAGAAUCCCCCUCAAUGACAGCAGCAGACUACAGGAGCUCAUCUCUGAUCUCAAGUUCACUGCUACUCACCGAGAGCACAGAGUCACUUUCACCUGCACUAUAACCUACCAGAUACAGGACCAGAACAAAACAGCUCAGGACAGCAUCACGCUACUCGUUCAGUAUGCUCCUCAGAUCUCCACUUCCUCCAGCUGUAUUAGUGGAGAUGUAACGGUGUGUUUGUGUGAGGCUGAUGGGAAUCCCUCUCCUGAACUGGAGUGGCAUCUGUCUGGACGUCCUGUCACUAACUCUUCAAACAGGUUCAUCAGUGAAGAGCGAUUGAGCAGCACAGGCUUGAGGAGCUCCAUCACUCUCCAUCAGUCUCUCACAAACACAUCCACUCUGCUGUGUGUCAGCAGAAACACUCGAGGAUCUGAUAAACAACUGUUUCAUUUGCUUCAGAAGUCAGCUCCAUGGGUGGUGUUCAUAUCUGGUUUUGGAGUUGGUUUCGUGGCUCUGGCGGUCAUUGUGUUGUUGUGCGCCAUUACAUGUAUACGGUAG